AUGGCAGACAGUGAGGAUGGUAGCGGCUGCGCAUCCUCAGUAUACAUUGGGAAGUACGCCCUCAAAAAUAUUAUUGGUGAGGGAAGCUUCGGGAAAGUGAUGAUUGGUCAACACAUUGACUCCCUACAAAAAGUAGCUGUCAAGAUCAUCAACAAAGAUGAUAUGGAGGAGGAGGAGCUUGACUUGCUUUUCAAGGAAGUCGAUAUUAUGCAGACACUCGAUCACCCAAACAUUGUGAAGUUCCAUGAGGCUAUUGAUACUCCGUCAGCCUUAUUUGUUAUCAUGGACUUCUGCAGUGGAGGUGACUUAUACAAAUAUAUUCCUGAGUCCAGUGGUUUAAAGGAGGAAGAGGCCGGUAAAAUUUUCCAUCAAGCGGUCACAGCGGUUCAGUACCUGCACAAGAAUAACAUAGUGCACCGGGAUCUGAAGACCGAAAACCUUCUCCUGGACUCCAACAAAACCAUCAAACUGGCAGAUUUCGGGGUUAGCACCUACUAUAACAUCGGAGAGGAUCUGGAGAGCCUUUGCGGCACCUACUCCACGCUAGCCCCUGAAGUGAUGCAGGAGAAGCCUUAUGACGGCCCAGCGGCUGAUGUAUGGAGCCUGGGCGUCAUAUUAUUCCAACUUGUGACCGGCUCCCUGCCCUUCGCUGGAGAGGAGAGUGAGGAGGUGCUGGAAAACAUUUACUCCGGCUGUGUCAUCCCCUCCCAUUUAUCCAAACAGUGCCAGGACCUGAUACAUCUUAUUCUUGUCCAAGACCCCUGCAAGAGGGCCACACUGGAGGAUAUCAUGGACCAUCCUUGGCUAAAAACAAGCCAGGAAGAUGCUGUUUCAACCAACAACAUAGAACUCAAUAUAACAUCUGAGGUUCUUGCAGAAACAGUGGAUGCACCCAUGGACUUCCAACAGCCUGAGAACAUCUGCAGGAGAACUACACCUACUCCAUCUAUGACAUCUCUAGCAAGCAUGGCCAGUGCAAUGACAUCCAGCACUAGUGUCCCUGAAGACAGCGAUGAUAGCUUUAAUGCUUCACAUAAUAGAGCUUGGGUAACUAAACUGACCAAAACAUGCUGUAUCUAUGUCACAAGUGCAUCUUUAAAGUCAGAUAUAAAAAUGAAUAAUUAG